AUGCGCGGGCGGGGAGCGGUGCUGCUGCUGGCGGUGGGCGUGGCGCUGCUGGCGGCGCGCGAGGCGGGCGGGGCGAUCGCCCGCGGGCGACGCGCCAGGGCGAACCCGCGCGAGAGCGACGAGGACGCGUCCUCGGAGGACGGCGCCCUGGGGCCUGCGGAGGACGGCUUGGCGGCGUGGGCAGCCUCCCUCGACGCCCAGGCCAAGCGGCGCGAGCAGGACGAGCGGGAGGAGCGCGAGCGGCUGGCGCGCCACGGCGCCGCCGCCAGGGCACUUGCACCGUCCACAGCCCGCACCCUGGCAACCGUCCCACAAGCCCAACAACACACCGUCCCGCCACCACCAGCCCAUGCCACACAACCCCAAGAGCACCAUCCACUGGGCUGGCGACGACAGUGCCAUCAACGGCUGCAGACGCGCCACCACAAGUCGGAUCUGAUCAGCAGCAAUUCUUCUGCAAACUUCCAUCCUCCUGGUGUAACUUCAAAUAAAAUGCAAAAUGAAAUAUUACAAGAUCAGACACUUCAUAUUUUGAACUCAUUCUCAAGUACAACUUGCAGAGACGGCGCGGGCUACGUGCGCCUGCCGGGCACGCGCAGCCGCUACAAGUUCUUCGCGUCGCCGGCGCCGUGGGCGUUGGCGCGCGCGCGGUGCGCGGGCGACGGGGCGCACCUGGCGGUGACCAAUGACGAGCUGGAGGCGCUGGCGCUCGUCUUCCUGAUGCGCGCCACCGCCUUCCCGGCCAACCCGUCGCACUUGCACGUGGGCGCCUCCGACGCGCGCCGCGAGGGCCACUGGCGCACCGAGGACGGAAGCGAAUUCAACGAUACUUAUUUCCGGUGGGCAAGAAAUCAGCCUGAAAUCAAUAACAGAAGGCAAAACUGCAUGCAAUUGUACGACGACCUCACCAAUGUAGAUUUCAACUGCGAAGGAAAAGCACCUUUUGCAUGUGAGAAAAGUAUAUGUCCAAAUACGCAAGAUGAUAAUAUCUAAGAAAUCAUUAAAUUUAAAUUAUGGUAACCUGCGAUCCGAUACUAUUUUUAUUCCGUUGAGAAAGCUUUGGAUCAACGAAAUUUCCGAAUAUUUAAAUUAAAGAGCAUUGUUCUACAAAUAAAUAUUCAGUUUAUUAUUACGUCUUGUAAUUAGUUUAAUGUGUAGAAAUAAAAAUAUUAUAUUUUGUGUAUAUGUGAGAUAUUUUCGAGGAAAACCACAUUUAUGUUCAAGUGUAAAGAUAUAGUAUAAUUCAAAUAAAAAGUUUUUAACUU